AUGAGUGACAAUGAAACCUCCCACCUCAAAAUGUAUCUACAGUCUUGUGACCCCAGAGAAUAUCUCGCCAACACGACGGUCAGCUCCUCCUCCACUCUGCCCAAGGACUUUGCCUCCAUCUGUCCAGAAGAGCUAUCCCAACUCUCCAGCUUUGUACGAAGAAUCUCAAAUGAUGAUUGGUGGGAGGAGCCAAAUACCAGUCACACUUCCCCUUGGCCCACUGGCUCUUGUGCAGUGGGCUGGAUCCAGUUUCAGAAUGCCUGCUAUAAAACCGUGAUGGAACGAAAGAACUGGACUGAUGCGGAGAUUGCUUGCCAGAGUCAUGGCAGGAAUGCCCACCUAGCCUCCAUUCACAGCGCAGAGGAAAAUGACUUUGUAUUUAACCUGAUGGGCAAGCCAAUGGAUCACAAAAAGAAUGAGGCUUACUGGAUCGGUGGUCAUGACCUUUUCAAGGAGGGAAGAUUUAUGUGGACAGAUGGUUCUGAAUUUAAUUAUCAGUCAUUUAUCCCUAAACAACCUGAUGGGCAGCCAGGAGAAAACUACCUGGGAACAUGGUAUUUGCAAUACGGACAUGUCACCUGGAAUGACUAUGGCAUUCAAAAGAAGAUCUCAUCAGUUUGCAAAUAUCCUCUGCGAAGCAGGUGCUGACCACGAUCCAGGGAUUGCUGAUGCGAAAGAGAAAACUAACUAUGCAGAAGUCUUGUUUUUGCCGUGGAUAGAAGCUUCACUGCAAUGUUGUUUCUUCUUUUUCAAGCCACCUUGCCUUGCUUCUUUGCUUCUCUGCGGAGACUCCUCGAGGGCUGGACUCCAUAUCACAAGGACAAAUGAAAGGCAGCCACUAUGGAUACCUCAAAAAGGCAGUACUGUGAUGAGUGACAAUUUAACCUCCCCCAUCUCAAAAUGUAACUAGUACUGAAAGUUAGUACAGCAUUUACCCUCUUCUGCUUGGCCUCACAACAACUUUAUAUGGUUAGCUUCUGCUGCUACCAUUUUGCAGAGAGGGUUUGAGGAUGAAACAGGGUACUUUGCCUAAAGUAAUACAAGGAAUAGCUAGGAAAGGCAAAACUUGAACCCAAACCCUUAGAGACAUUUCAUCAAGUGCCCUUUUCUAACCAGUAAGGCAAAUUGUUUUCUUAGCAUCUUGAUUUUCAGCAAACAUUCUGUAUCACAGGAGUUGACAACCUUUCAAAAGUGGUAUAUACCAAGUCUUCAUUUAGUCACUCUAGUACAUAAUGUUUUGAUUCUGACCCUGCCCCAGUGAGGGGUUCUCUCUCUCUCUCUCUCUCUCUCUCUCUCUCCAAUUUCCAGCAUGCAACCUGUGAAAACCACCCUUGGAGCUGAAUGCCAUUAAUGGGACUAGCAGUGAAAGUGCCACUCAGAAUCAUUUUGUGUGCCAUAAGUUGCUGACUCUGCUGUAUCAAGACCCAAAGUUCCCUUUGUACUCAUUCAAACUUACUUUUGAUCAAACAUGCAGAAAUCUUAACUAUACUAAAAUGAAAGGGUAAUGACAGUUCCCAAUAUCUGACUCUCUUAUAAAAGGACCAGAUUUACAAUGCUUCUCCUUCUGAUGCCCUUCAUAAGUAAAUAUCUUUCAUUGGAGACCUUCCUGAGAGACAGCCAUUUUGUUCCCUUCGCCUUCUGCCUUCCAUGUUUUUCUCCUUUCUUCGCAAGAACUCCAUAAUUUGUUAGUGAAAAUAUCCAAUGAUAAAAAUCAAAGCAGCAAUUAAAAACUCUGUUCCUAUCAAAGCAACUUUGUAAUGCAAAAUUAAUAAAGAUUGGCU